UGGACUUCUUCUUGCUGUGUAGUGUGACGUGUACGCGUAGCGAAAAAUCAGUGAUUUUUCUUUAUACAAUUUCACAAUUAAAUUUGUUUUUUUGACACGUUUCUAAAGUAAGCAUCACAAGAAUGGGUUCUUUUCGGCGCGAGAAGGAUGAGGAGGAGGACGGUCCCACGAAUGCGUACCAAAAUCUGGAGAAGACCUCAGUGCUGCAGGAAACGCGUACAUUUAAUGAGACUCCAGUAAAUGCACGCAAAUGCAUCCACAUUCUCACCAAGAUCCUCUACCUGAUUAAUCAGGGCGAGCAGCUGGUAGCCAGAGAGGCAACUGACUGCUUCUUUGCCAUGACCAAGCUGUUCCAGUCCAAAGAUGUGGUGCUGCGCCGCAUGGUCUAUCUGGGCAUCAAGGAGCUGAGCUCCAUUGCCGAGGAUGUGAUCAUUGUGACCAGCUCACUGACAAAGGACAUGACCGGCAAAGAGGAUCUAUAUCGUGCCGCUGCCAUACGUGCCCUCUGUAGCAUCACAGAUCACACAAUGCUGCAGGCCGUCGAACGCUACAUGAAGCAAUGCAUUGUUGACAAAAAUGCGGCGGUUUCUUGUGCCGCUUUGGUUAGCUCGCUGCGUCUGGCGAACACCGCCGGCGACGUUGUCAAACGCUGGGCAAACGAGGCUCAGGAAGCCCUAAACAGCGAUAAUAUUAUGGUACAGUAUCAUGCUCUGGGGCUGCUCUAUCAUAUACGAAAAUCGGAUCGCCAGGCCGUCUCCAAGUUAGUUAACAAAUUGACACGUGGAUCGCUCAAGAGUCCCUACGCAGUGUGCAUGCUGAUACGCAUUGCUUGCAAAUUGAUCGAGGAGGAGGACAUACCUGCAGAAGAGCUUGCCGACUCACCUUUGUACACCUUUAUCGAGUCCUGUCUGCGCCACAAGAGCGAAAUGGUCAUCUAUGAGGCGGCCCAUGCCAUUGUCAACAUGAAGAACACAAAUCCACGCAUGCUCUCGCCGGCGUUCUCCAUACUGCAACUGUUUUGCAGUUCGGUAAAGGCGACGCUUCGCUUUGCUGCCGUUCGUACCCUAAACAAGGUGGCCAUGACUCAUCCGGCCGCUGUAACCACAUGCAAUUUGGAUUUGGAGGGUCUGAUUACCGACUCAAAUCGCUCGGUGGCUACGCUAGCCAUUACUACUCUGUUGAAAACCGGCGCCGAAUCCUCAGUGGAGCGUCUAAUGAAGCAAAUCUCAACAUUUGUGGCGGAAAUCUCCGAUGAGUUCAAGGUGGUGGUGGUUCAUGCCAUUUGUGCCCUGUGCGCCAAAUAUCCACGUAAGCACACUGUGCUGAUGAACUUCCUUAGUGGCAUGCUGCGCGAAGAGGGCGGUCUGGAAUACAAGACAUCCAUUGUGGACACCAUUAUAACAAUCAUCGAAGAGAAUGUCGAUGCCAAGGAGUCCGGUCUGUCGCAUUUGUGCGAAUUCAUCGAAGAUUGCGAGCACGUCUCGCUGGCCGUACGCAUUCUGCAUUUGCUUGGCAAAGAGGGACCAUUUGCGGCCACGCCCUCCAAAUACAUACGCUUCAUAUACAAUCGCGUUAUUCUGGAGAGUCCGAUUGUACGCGCCGCUGCAGUGACUGCUCUGGCUCAGUUUGGUGCUUCGUGUCCCGCCCUGUUGGCCAACAUUUUGGUGCUGCUUGAACGCUGCCAGAUGGAUUUAGAUGAUGAAGUGCGCGAUCGUGCCACAUACUAUCUAACUAUACUUAACUCGGCCAAGCCGGAACUGUACAAGAACUACAUAAUCGAACGUGAGAACUGUUCGCUGGCGUUGCUGGAGAAGGCGUUGGCUGAUCAUCUGAAUGGGGAUCUGCAAAAUCACUUCGACAUUUCCAUUGUGCCCAAGGCCGCGAUCGUAAAGCCAGAGAUCACCAAUGAUGUGAUGAUGGUAACAAGUGCACCGCGUGCACCGAAAAUCACACGAGAGGAGGAGAGUGCCGCACGUCUGGCUCAGCUGCCGGGCAUUCAGGUCCUUGGACCCAUUCAUCGCAGCACAGCACCUAUACAAUUAACCGAGAGCGAAACGGAGUAUACGGUGCAGUGCAUCAAGCACAUCUUUGCUGAGUUUGUUGUAUUACAAUUUGAUUGCCUUAAUACGCUCGCCGAACAGUUUUUGGAGAAUGUCCGUGUAGAACUGACGGUGCCGGAGGGCUUUUUAAUACGUAAGAUAGUGCCCUGUCCAAAAUUGGCCUACAACGAAUUGCAGACAACAUUUGUAAUUGUCGAAUUUCCACGAGAUGUUAGCAGUUCCAUAGCUACAUUUGGCGCAACUUUACGCUUUGUAGUCAAAGAUUGCGAUCCUAAUACUGGAGAGCCCGACUCGGAUGAGGGCUACGAUGAUGAGUACAUGUUGGAGGACUUAGACAUCACAGUCGCCGACCAAAUACAGAAAACGAAGAAGAAUAAUUUCCAAGUUGCAUGGGAUGCUGCCGAUAGCGAAGAAUGGCUGCAAGCCGAGGACACCUUUGUGCUCUCAGCUGUGAACAAUUUGCAGGAUGCCGUUAAUACCAUUAUCAAAUUACUGGGACUGGGCCCUGCAAAUCUCUCCGAAAAAGUGCAGGAGGGCACGCAUCUGCACACCGUACUCUGCUCGGGAACCUUCCGUGGCGGCAUCGAAGUGUUGGUGCGUGCCAAAUUAGCUCUGUCCGAGGGCGUGACGUUAAAUUUAACCGUGCGAAGCACAGAUCAGGAUGUGGCCGAGCUAAUAACGGCAGCUAUCGGAUAAAAUUGCGCACCAUGCAGAGACCUAAUCGUACAGCUGCGAACUCUGCAUAUAUUAUGAUUAUGAAACAUAUAUUAAAAGCAAAGUUAAUUGUAAUCAAAAAAUAUAUAAUGUUAUAGCUUUAAGCGAGCGCCCUCCCUAAGACAAUGUCAACUCAUCCAAUAUUUGCUUGCACGAGCAGAAAUUGGCCACAGUUCGGGAUUGUUCUCAAGCCACAAAAUAAUUGCAUCAUUUUUUUGGGCAUUUGUUGUGUGAGUUUCCCAAAAGCAUAAACUCAUCAAAUCAAUUUAUAUUUGUAUUUGUUUAUUAAUGAUUUAACCUAUGCGUUUUUAGCUUAAGUAUUCCAAAACUUAAAUACAUUAAAAUAUACGCAAUAA